GUGGGCGGGAGACAGAGAAAGGGAGAGAAACACAUUGAGGAAAGAGGGAAAGAGAAGAAAGUGUCCGUUCCACCGGGUGGAUUUUUCCAGAGCACCGAUGUUGGAACACUCUUCUGAGCUGGCCCUGGUGCAGAGUCUGUAUGCCAACAGCAUGCGCUGUCCCCCCUCUGCGGCCGGGAUCUCUGUCAGGAAUGAGGACCUGCCUAUGAGCAACGGCAGCAAGAUGAACGGGUCAUUGGAGCACUUGGACCAACCAGACCCAGACUCCAUCAAGAUGUUUGUGGGACAGAUCCCGCGUUCCUGGUCAGAAACAGAACUGAAAGAGCUUUUUGAGCCCUUCGGAGCUGUGCACCAGAUCAACAUCCUCCGUGAUCGCACCCAAAAUCCUCCUCAGAGCAAAGGAUGCUGUUUUGUAACUUUUUAUACAAGAAAAGCUGCACUGGAGGCCCAGAAUGCACUGCACAACAUAAAGACCUUAAGUGGGAUGCAUCAUCCUAUCCAGAUGAAACCCGCUGACAGUGAGAAAACAAGUGCGGUAGAAGACAGAAAACUUUUUGUCGGCAUGGUUUCAAAGAAAUAUGGCGAGAACGAGGUCAGGAUGAUGUUCUCGUCUUUCGGGCAGAUCGAAGAGUGCCGAAUUCUCCGAGGACCAGAUGGUCAGAGCAGAGGCUGUGCGUUUGUCACAUUUGCUACCAGGGCAAUGGCACAGAAUGCAAUCAAAACCAUGCAUCACUCUCAAACUAUGGAGGGCUGUUCCUCACCUUUGGUGGUGAAGUUUGCCGACACACAGAGAGAUAAGGAGCAGCGGCGCCUGCAGCAGCAGCUAGUGCAGCAAAUUCAGCAGCUCAACAGCGCCUCCACCUGGGGAAACCUUGCUGGGCUGGGGACCCUCACACCGCAGUACCUGGCUUUGCUCCAGCAGGCCACAUCUACCAAUAACCAAGGCAAUUUCAACAGUAUUCAGAGGCUAGGAGCAGGUGUGAAUCCACUUCAGCUGCAGAACCUAGCCACAUUAGCUGCCGCUGCUGCUGCAGCUCAGAGUUCUGGCAGCCCAACUUCCACCAACGCCCUGUCUACAAACAGUGGAGCCCUGGGAGCACUGGCCAGUCCUGCAGGGUCAUCAGCAGGGUCCAGUGCCGGUGCUGCCAUGAACACCUUGGCAUCUCUGGGCACUCUGCAGAGUCUCACUGGGACCUCUAUGGGCCUCAACAACCUUAACGCUCUCACCAGCAGCGUCAGUGGUAUGGGGGCCAUGAAUGGUGGCCUCGGAGCCUCCAUGGCCAACGGGUCAGCAGCCAGCUCCAUGGAUGCUCUGACCCAGGCCUACUCAGGGAUGCAGCAGUACACCGCCUCCGCCCUGCCCUCCCUCUACAGCCAGUCUCUCCUGCAGCAGAGCAUUGCUGGCAGCCAGAAGGAAGUAGGGCCAGAGGGCGCCAACCUGUUCAUCUACCACCUGCCCCAGGAGUUUGGGGACCAGGAUCUUCUGCAGAUGUUCAUGCCUUUUGGAAAUGUGGUCUCUGCCAAAGUCUUCAUUGACAAACAGACCAAUCUGAGCAAGUGCUUUGGGUUCGUCAGCUACGACAAUCCUGUGUCUGCACAAGCUGCCAUCCAGGCCAUGAACGGUUUCCAGAUUGGAAUGAAGAGGCUGAAGGUUCAGCUGAAGCGCUCUAAGAACGACAGCAAACCCUACUGAUCCUAGCCCCGGGGCCUUCACCCCUCCCCAGCUCUAACGCUAGCACUGCUAGGGUAAGUUCACCCUCCAGCCAAGGUCACCACAGCAGAGACUCAGUGGGGCGGGGGGAAAGGAGCCCACCACAGGAGGGAGACUCACCCUAUUCCUAAAAAAAAAAAUGGUUGCAAUGAUCUUUCCACAUUUUGCUGUAUUUCAUUCCUGCAGUUUUAUCAUGUACUUUGAGUCUGAUUAAAUAUUUUAAUGUAUAUGGUUAUUUAUGACUAUCACUGGAGUCAGUGUUCGCUGGAGGUAUUUUGUGUCACUGUAUUUAGUGGAGAGCAUCAGGUGUGUUUCCAUGCCAUUUCAUUGCCUUCAGGUCAAGCUAGACAGGUUGACUAAGGAUCAGUUGUUGUGCUGAAGGGCUGAAGCCAGGCCACACAGACCCCAAGCCCAGAGCUUCAACCUGUGUUUGGCUUUUUCGUGUAGUUUGUCUCAUCCGUAUCAUCGUUAAUGUGAAAUCUUUUGCACUCUAGAUUCUUCAGUCCCCUCACCUCUCCUCUCUCUCCCCCGCCCCUCUUUCUCUGUCCUCCUUCAUUAUCUAAGCCAUGUUGAGCUAGGCUACCUCUCUGUGUAUCUAUUAACAACCUCUUCCAGUCAUUCCAUCCAUCCUCCAAGUCUCCCACAAGGGACUGGCUCUAGAUGGAUCUGUUUGGGUGCCAAGUAUACAGUUUGUGCAUGUUGGAGUCUCUGCCAUAUGUCCUGGUGGUGUCACUUCCUUAAAUCUGUGUAUUGUUUUUGUGUGUCGAGGAGGGGGUGUGUUUACCCCUCUGUCCUUACUGUAUGUGGUGACUGGCAUUAUUUUUGUUGUUUUUUGUGCCUCAUGGCUAAACGAUUCUUGUGCUGUGCCCCUAACUUUCUCUUCUCUCCUCUUUGUUCUCUCUCUCUAUCUCUCUCUCUCUCUCCUCUCUCCUCCUUUUGUGUUUUUGUUCCUUUUUUAGAACAAAUCUCCAUGCCUGUUUGCUCAUCAUUAGCCUAGCAUGUCUUCAUGAUGUUGAAAGCCAAGCCAAACUCCUGGCCUCAUCAUCCCACCAUUGUCUGUGAUGUCUCUCUAAGCUCGCCUGACCAAUACCUGGCCACCCACUGACCUUGACCUUAGCUCAACCUGAUUUUUCUGCAUGUAUAUUCAUUUUUUUCUUUGCUUUUUCUGUGUAGAAAUGUGACAGGUGGGAGAGAGGUCAAGCAAAAUCAAUGUGAAAACUUACCUAUGUUGAAUUCGUUUGAGACCUUUUUUUGUUUUUGCAAGUGUUUUAAAAACCUGUGGGAUUUCUUAUUUUUAAUUUAGCUUUGUUUUUUUCUUUUAUGUUGCUUUCUUUUUACCUCUCUCAGUAAAGUUCACUUGAAAGUUGAAUACAGGGAUUGGCACGCAGCUGUGCUAUUUGGUGCCAUUAGCAAUAUGUUGGCUUCUUAAAAAAACAUGCUACAGACCACUUUCCAACACUUUUGAAAGUCUGACCAGUAAAAUCCCUCUCAGUGCUCUGUAAUGAUCUCUACAUUUUGCUGGCAGUGUGAAGAUUUACACCAAGGCUAUUUAAAAAUAUAUUUUCUUUUCAUUUACAAAAAUAUCCAGUGUAUUUACCUUUUUUUUGGAACUAUUGAUGGCACAAUAAAAGGUACAUUUGCUCUAUUGAGAGAAAUGACUACCUACAUGAGUCAACUUUUUUAGAACUGAUUCACAAAUAGACAAUCUGUGGUUUAAAUGCACACUUAGAUUACCUAUAUUUUAUACCAUUGAAUCUAUAGAAGUUUAACUAACAGAACCCAGGCAAAACUUUGGGUUUUUUGUAGAUUAUGUUGUAAUGUCAUCUGUGUUGGGGGGGUCUUCAGUGUAUUACAUUUGUAAAGAGGACUAAAAAUCAGUUUGAUCAGCGUGACCAUUUGAAGGUCACUACUAGUAAAUUAAAACAUGUUAAGUCAAAAAUUCCUCAACAUUAAUUGUAAUUCAAAGUUCUGGUUUAAAAAAAAGUCCUUUUUUUUAAGGGUCACAUUUUGAGGCAAUUUUUUUUCCUGCUUUAAUGAAGUGUUCAACUUCCAUGGUACGUCUUGUUGACUUUCUGUGAAUUUCUCAUUACUAAUUUAAUUAAUGGAUGUUUCACUUUGGUUUAGUUUGAAUGCCUCAUGUUGGAAGAUGAUAAUUUACACUGUCUGUUAAUCAUACAGAUGCCAGACAAUGUAUUUUUGUUCUAUUUUAUUUUGUUGUUAAAGUGCCCAUGUGUCAAACUCAGUGUUUUUGAAUUCACAACAACUUUAUUUGCUGAACUAUUACCUAGAUUUUCUUUACAUACACAUAGACACACACACACAGACACACACAGCGACACAAAACACUUUCUGUGGUUGCAAUUGUGGGAGCCCCUGAAGAAGAGAUCACUCAGACACAACACCCAACCUGUGGGUCUCUGCACAUUUUAGACACACACACCUGUUUAUUUUUUUUUUCCUAGUUGUUCUUUUAAGUGACUUCCAGCGUCAUGUUUCAGUCGUACACGAUGCACAGCACAUUAAAACAAAUAAACCCACCACGAUAGUGUUGGUUUACAAAUACAUUCCAUGUUUUCAGCACAAAGUUUACACUUUUUUUAUCAGGGUGGUAUUUUGUCCUGUUGUGCAACACUUUGUUGAGACAACCCUGGUAAAAUAACAACCACUUCACCCCCCAAAGAAGGGUUCCCUAAAACUGCGUACCUGGUGGCGCUAAAGAGUUGUCAACUCAGGGUUUUUUUUGUGUGUGAAAGUAGACACUCACACAGGAUUUAUGACACAAAAUGCACAAUUAUCACCAUUUGACCUUUUCAGUUCGGAUUUUUUUUUUCCUUUCUCAAAACGCAUAAAUGUUCCAAAAAAAAAAAAAAAAAAUCAAAGGUACCAAAUUUGAAAUGGCGCUCCAGGGGAAGUGUUAAAGUUUUGUAAGGAAAUGUUAAGCACAAUUGUGGGAGCUAAUCACUUUUGCAGAAUGUUGUGUGUGUGUGAUUAUGAUCCCCAAAUUUUCAAGGUACCACCGAUUUCUCUUUUAAUAUGGGCAUGUGCUUUUUACAGUGUGUUUUUCUAUCCAAAUGCAAUACAAUAUUCAAAGUGCCAUAUAUACGUCUAGAAACUGCCUACACAUUCUUAUUAGGCCUUGGUUUAGAGAUUGCUGCAGUUCGCCUUUUUUUUGUCUAUUUAUGCCAGUGUCAUGAAAGCUCUUGUCACCUGCUAAUGUCCCCUUUUUCCUCCCCAAACUCUGUGUGUUGAGUUAUUGGUAAAUAUGUGUUGUGAUGUACUCAAUUUGAACAGUUGGUUUAAAAAAAUAAAUUGUAGAUAAACAAUAAACUUCCCUAUACAUUUGAAGGUUAAACGUCUUUCUUAGUGAGUGCGAACACGUGUACUGUAACACUUUGCCCAUACAGAUCGUUGAGGAAAAGUCAGUUUGGGAGCCGUGUCAACAUCUUUAAGUGGUCUAAAAAUGUGUGUCCGAUGCUGAAAAUGAUUGCAGGUCUGUGGCAAUGCAGUGUAUGGUGAAGUGUUACUGUGAAUGAAUAUAUAUAUACAUUUACAAAAGAAAACAAACAAAAAAAAAAAAGAAGCACAAUGUACAGUCCACAGCAGUCCCAACAGGAACUCGACUCACUUCAGGGGCUUCCAUCACAAAUCACGAUCAAGCUCUAACAAUCACUUUGUUUCUUCUGUUGUUUUUCAUAUUCUGAAGUGCUAUUUUUGACAGUGUGGUAGCUUUGCAUCUCUAUAGAUAUUGUCGUGAUCCAAAAGAAAAGAGAAAAAAAAAAAGUAGUUUUCCUGUGUUAAUUUCUUGUCUGAUAAUCGGUAGGACUUUGUUCAUGUUCCACCAAUAAUUUAGUAGAUGUUUUGUCUUGUCUUGAUGAAAGCCAAAGUGAGUGCAUCUUGAUGUGAUCUGUAUUAUACAUACAGUGCAGUUUUUUUUCUUCUGUUCAGUCAAUAUCAAAUUUUUGAAACUGGGUGGGAUUUGAAAAAGAAAAAAAAAAGACAUACACAGGCUGUCCAAUUUCUACAACUGGUUGUUCAUAUGUAUUUUGUACCAGUGAAGCUUUUUAUAUUGGAAAUUAAAGGAUAAAAAAAAAUCUAUAUUGGAAAAAAAUUGUCUGGCCUCUCAAUGUGGCCUCGCCUUGACCAGGUCUUGAGUUUGGCCUCUUGGUGGUGUCAAGCAAUUUUUUUUUCUUCUUUCUUCUUUCUGUUGUUUUGCUUUUGCCUCUAAAAGAUGCCUGAUUUGGAUUUUACUUGGAUCUCUACAUGUUCCUCACUUCGUUAAUCCGUUUCAGACUCGGGGAGGGGGGGAGGGGGUUGGGAUCCUCUAAAUCGUGGUAAGUUUCAUGUUAGUAUUUGUGCUGUCCCACAUAGUUUAAUGGUCAUCAGGAUUUCGACAACUUGUGUGGAUAAUUGUCUUAGUUAUACAGUUAACUGUUUAGUUUGAGCCUUGCUUUUUACCUGUGUAGAGGUUUCUGUUUUUUCCCAUAGCGGAGUGUGUAGCCGAAAGACUCUGUGUUCUUUUUUGGUCAAUGUUUGUUUAUGUGUGGUGUGUUUCUUUGCCUCUGUCUCCAAAUUAAACCAUUUCCCCUAAUAUGGA